CUCAAAACCACCAUCCACAAAACAAAGAUAGUGAAAAAGUUCCAAAACUUCAAUAUUGAGAGAUGGAAGCAAAGCAAAAGCUUGUAAUUUUUGUGGCACUUGUGAUGGUUGCAGCCGUAGGAUUUGAAAUGGCGGCGGCAGGAUCCGGAGAUUCACCGUGUGGUUUAAGCAUUGGUGAUCUAAUGUCAUGUAAGCCAGCAGUAUCUGGUCCUAAACCAUUGCCACCAUCUGAAAAAUGUUGCGCUGCUUUAGGCAAAGCAGAUUUGCCUUGCCUUUGCACUUUCAAGAACAGUCCAAUGAUAUCUGCAUUCAAGAUUAAUGCAACUCUUGCCAUGGAUCUCCCCUCAAAAUGCAAUCUUAAUUCUCCAAACUGCGCCGCUUAAUUAAUUAAUGAUCGUACUGACUACCCCUUUCACUUGAUGUUAUUGUUUUGUUUCAAUAUCUAUUGGCUUUGUUGUUAUUUUUCUUGGAAGUGUAGACGUUCCUAGUGUCACCUUGCUGUCUUUCGUUUUAUUCUAUUUUCUUUUUUUUCUUCUUCUUUUAUAACUUGGAGUGGCGGGGUAAAGAUCAAUUUCAUGUUAUGGUAAGAGUUUGUGUUGAUCAACUAGUAUGGUUGAUUGCUCAAGAGUUAUGUUAAUAAAGUUUGAUGUUUUGUUUGUUGUUUCA